UUGAGUGAUUUCAAUUUCCAGAUCGUGCACUUGCUGCUCUCUCGUCCGAGGAUCCACAUCGACGCUAGAAACUCGGAGGGAAAUACACCGCUAUUUGUCGCGUGCGAGGAGGGUCGCGAAGAUGCAGCUAUCGCUUUGGUGCGAAAAGGAGCCGAUAUGAAGCUGAAGAACAAGGAAGAGAAGUGCCCUGUGGAUGUUAUUCAAACGAGUGAUCUGUUAAUAAAGCUGCGUAAUGCUGAGAAAGCAGCGCAAGCGAUGCAACACUGA